AUGAGCCUCGCGACGGCAGCGCCUGCCCAGGGCAGCCACACGAUUCCCACGCUGGCCGAGCCCUCCGAGUGUGAGCCAGGCACGGGCAACGCGACCCCACGGGCCGCCGACGGGGAGGAGAAGAAAAAGAAGCGCAGUUUGUUUGGGUUUGGCAAGAAGAAGUCACAGGAGCCCACGAAGCCGCCACCCAAGCCCUCUCCCUCGAGCAAAAGUGCGCCGACCGCGGCGACCCGAACAACGACGGCCUCACCUAUUCAGACAGAUCCCGCCCGGUACUCACCGUCCUCCCCAGGCCGUCCGGGCUUCGCCUCAUCUCCCCGCCUCGCCUCGCCAGCCGGCAGUCAGAUCUUUGAGCGCGACGUCCAAGAAAGCGCCGCCGCCAUCCUCCCCAGCUCCCCAGCCAUUCCCUCCCACAUCCAAACCGAAAACUACAUCCCUCCCGUCCUCGACGCCUCCUCCGAAGCCAUCACCGACGACCACCUCAACCCGGACACAGUCGAGAUCAUCACGCACACCUCGCACCAGCCGGCCUCGGUCGCCGUGGCAGGCGGCCUCACUCCCCAUCCCCACAACGAGCCGCAUCCGCAUCCGCACCAGCAACCCUCGUGGGCCGACGAACUGGCCGCAUUUGCCGCCCACCGCACCCCGGCCACGCUCUCCAACGCCAACACCGACACGGCCUCCAACUACGGCAGCUUCGACACCACCGACGUUCGCCGCCUGAGCUUCAUCUCGUUCGCCGACGUCGUCCAGGCCGAGCAGCAGCAGCAGCAGCAGCAGGCCGUGGUUGGAGGUUCGCGCGACAGCAUGCACCUGGCCGGGUUAACGUCGCUCGCAGCCUUGAACAGUCACGUCCGCUCGCCGUCGCCGAUCCGCUCGCCCGUCUCGUCGGCUGGCGGCGGUGGUGGCGCUGGUGGCACGAGCCCGCCGACGAGCAAGUCGGGCUCGGUCAAAGGGCUUGAGAUGUCGCCUGGUAGGAAACCGCUCGGUAGUCCGACGAGUAUGAUCAGUAUGCAGCUUGGUGGGGGCGGUGGGAGUCUGAGUGGUGGCGGGUCGCCGGUGGUGAGCGGGGAGAUUGCGAUUGAGACGAUGAGUCAGGCGUUGAGGAGGACGGGGAGCGGGGAUCUUGGUGCAGGGCAGGGGCGCGGGGUUGGGAGUUGGCCUGCUAGUCCCAUUUGA